GUUUCAGUUCUUCCAUCCCUCUCUCGUUUCUCGCUUGGCUUCUUCGUCUCUCUCACUCUGUAUCUCCGUUCCCGAAACGCAGCAACGCGCAACGGGGGACUACAGGUACGGUCUUUUCCCCCCGCGAAUUUUCUUCCCUUUGCUUUCGUUGUGGAAGACUCUACGAGAAUUCCGCGAAAAUCCGGAAGCAGUCGGUAUCCGUUCCGAUUUGUGUUCCUUCAGUGUUUCGUUCCCCUGCUGAAUUCUGUAUUGAUCUCUGUUUGCCUUCUAGAGAUCGUCGGUAAUUUCUAGCUUCCCAAUUUCUAGUUUAUCGUGGGGAAAGAGGGUGGGGAUCGAAUUAUGGUGUUUGAAACAUUGAAUUCAUGCUCGUCUUGUGGAAUGCUUUACGUCGUUGUUUGUAUAAAUGUCGUGGAUGAAUGGCACCCUUGCUUUUGAAUCUGUGAUGAAGAGAAGAGAGAUGUUAUUUUCGUACCACAUUCUGAAGGGUGAUAUGCCCGGGCCCGUGAAGAGCAAGUUGGACAUUGGCGAGGGUGUGUGUUAGUUAUAUCUUUGGUUAGAUGGCGCGAAUUGGUGCCCUGCUAAUUGCUUGUUUCGUUUGGUCGUAUUGUAUUCGGUUUAGCAUUACCCAGUUAGAUUAACAUAUAGGUUUUAGAAUGAUUCUUCAGCAUAUGCUUCAGCUAGAGUUGAGGCUUGCUUGGGUCAGCAGUUGGAUAGUUGGAACGUUGCUCGAUGGGUGCACCUAAACUUUAAAAUCAAGUACUUGAGGUUUUUUUGCAGCGUAGCCCAGAUGCUGAUUAAUUCAUAUCAUUGGUUGUGAUGAUUGUUCUGAAUUACCAUAUUUCAAUUCAGUAUCUACGUGUUUUGUGUACUCUGACUCUGAAAUGUCUUUUAUUGCAUUUUCACACUUCUCUCUUUUAUUUCUCUUCCAUUGUUCUCUGUUUUGGCUCUAGAAAUGGAGCUGUCUAGUGCAAGAGAUGCAUUUGAUCGUGUCGCCAAGAAGCAGAAGUUGUCCUCAUCAAAGUCCCAGGAAGUAAUUGAUCAAGUCAGCCACGAGAUUGAGUUAGCACUAGAGAAAAUCCAAUCAGUUGACCAUCUGAUUCCUCCAGAUGAUCAGAAAGCCAUCCUCAGGCAGCUAAAGCACAAACUCGACACAAUGAGUCCGCUGAUCCAACUAGAAGGUCCGCAGAAGGAUGUGAAUGGGACCCUUGCAAAGUACCCGAAGCUUUUAGACAAGUCACUGAAUGCUGGCAUAUCCAAGGCAUACAGAAGUGUUGAUUUUGAUUUCCAUAUAGUGAAUCAGAUAAUAGCUUGCCAUUUCUACCGGCAAGGAUUGUUUGAUCUUGGGGAUUGUCUGAUACGGGAGGCUGGAAAACCAGAGGCGAUUUCCUUGAAGUCUCAGUUUAUGGAACUGGGUAAGAUACUGGAUGCCAUCAAGGCUAGAAACAUUGAGCCUGCUCUGAUUUGGGUCUCGAAAAACCUUGAGAAACUUCGGCAGUUUGGAUCGAAGCUUGAUCUGAAGCUGCAUAGCAUGCAGUUUAUGGAGAUCCUUAAGGGAGGAGGUCGGGUUGAUACCCUUAACGCACUCAACUAUGCGAAAACUCACCUUUCUCCUCUCUCUGGGGUUUACAUGAAAGAGUUCCAAAAGAUCACUGUCUGUCUGCUCUGGAGCGGAAAGCUGGAAAGAUAUCCCUACUCCGAGCUAUUGGGUCUGACCCAUUGGGAAGGUUUGGGUGAUGAGCUGAGCCGUGAUUUCCACAAGCUUCUGGGACAGUCCUAUAAUAGAGACCCAUUGUGCGUAACUAUCGCAGCUGGUAUUGAAGGACUACCUACUCUGCUGAAGCUGGCGAAUGUAAUGUCUGCAAAGAAGCAGGAAUGGCAAGCAUUGAAGCAGUUGCCAGUGCCGGUAGAUCUACCUGAGGAGUUCCAGUUCCAUUCAAUAUUCGUUUGCCCCGUUAGCAGAGACCAGAGCAGUGAAGAAAAUCCACCAAUGCUGAUGCCAUGCAUGCAUGUGCUCUGCAAACAGUCUAUAAUGAAGUUGUCUAAAAGCAGCUCCAGGUCAUUUAAAUGCCCCAACUGUCCAGCUGAAGCUUCAUUUGAGCAAUGCAAGCAGUUGUUUUUCUAGUGAGCUUCUUCUUUGUGAAGCAAGCUCCGGUAAAAUAAAUUAUUCUUUUUCAUCUUCUUCUGGUUUCUCCUGCUUUCUGCUGUAUAUAAGCAUUCUUGACAAAUAUGCCCGGAUUGCGAAUAUAUAUUAUACACACCA